UCCAAUCCACACAUAAUUAAAAAAGCAUACCAAUCCAUCACCUAGCAACAACACGUCAACAACAACAACAAGCCACCAUGACAAAGUCCCACACGAUAAUCGUUCCCCGCGCGCAAAUCCCCAUCAUCUCUCUUCGAGCUUCGCGUACACAGCGGAUCUUAACACCGGUGAUUAUUUUUGGGACGCUGGUUUUUUUACUGCUUUGUGUGGUUGGGGGAAUUUUUUUGUGUGUUAGGUUAUUUGGGGAAGUGGGUGGUGAGAGGCAUAGGGAGAAGGAGAGUGUUGGGACGGCGUUGAGAGUUGGGACUGCGUUUGUGGGGGUUGGGGUGAGUCUUUUUUCUUUCUUUUUUUUUAUUUGAGUUGUUUUGAGUUCUUUUUGAGCUUGAGCUUGAGCUUGAGCUGUUGGGAGUUUGGAGUGGUGGAUAAAGGAGAGGAGAUGGAAUGGGAGGGGUAGAGGGGAGAAGAUGAGAAGAAGACGUGAAGACACAUGAGAUAUUCCUCCCCACGAAAAACACGCGCAAGAAGAGUGACCAAUCAAAAUUACUAACCCUCCACUCAGUGUUUCUUCACCACCCUCUACCUAAUCCUCCACCUAACCAACAGCAUCCAAAACGCACCUAUAGGAUUCGUCCGACCACCAGAAUUAAAACUGCACGGAUACAGUUUCGUCGUUGCGCGCGUCACGCUCGUAUGUUGGAUGAUAUCACUCAUCAUAUCCAGCAUCAUAGUAUCCAAAGCAAAGGUGUGCGUACCCGGCAGUCACGAGUGUCUUGUGCAGAUAGGAGGUGUGGUUAUUAGUGCUAUUGGAUUGUGAGUGUUUUUCUAUUCUCCUAGAUGAGAGAUCUGUGUAUAAUGACUUAGUUGCUGCAAGAUAAUAACGAAGGGAUGAAAAUUCGACUGGGCUAAUUUAUAUUAAUAUUGAAAUAUAGUAUAAGUAUAGGAAUUAUACUCACCGCGCUAGAAGCCUGUCAAUAUCCCUUUCAAUUACCCACUCGCAGUAGCAUUCUUCCGGGCACGGUAAAUUGCAGAGUUAGUUCAUUUGGGGAUGAUUUGGUAGAUAGUAAUUUUACAUCACUUAAUCCAUCUGCUGCGAAUAUAUUAUCGCAAGCACAAUUUAGGAGUGUAUCGACUAGCGCGUCGACUUCUCACGAGACGAUCCCGUCGCUGCAUGACGAUUAUUUGUUUAUGGGGAAUGAGAAGGAAGAGUGGGAAAGAAAUCAAUCUUUGGCGUUAGCGAAUGCGAGGAUUAAGAGUGAGGUGAAUGUGAGAAGGAAACCGGUUCCUAAUAAUACGGUAGAGUUGAAGUUACCGAAAGAGGAGUCACCGAGUGAGAUGAUUUCUAUGCCGGGGGAGUUUCCUGAGGAGAAAUCGACAAUAGUGCAAAACUUAUCUACUAUUGCUUCACCUUCGUCUGCUUCACCUUUACCUGCCUCAUCUACAACCAUUCCACCUACUCCCGUUUCGUCAGAAGUUAAACCAAAAUCUAAAGGUUGGGGAAUUGGUUGGUCAUAUUUGAUGAGAAAUACAGGGACAGAAUCCGACACGAAUGAAAAGUGCAUAACACAUUCCGAUUCAGCAAUUUCUCUGGGAAAAAAUAACAUUACUGAAUGCGGCACUUGCGGAAACUGUACCCAGGCACCAUCUUCAACAAGACAAUCAACAAUUCCUCCUGUCACGCAGAGAGUAGGAAAACAGAGGAACGUGACGCCGAGUAGUAGUAUUAGUGAUGUUGCAAUGAGAUCACCAUUAUCUACCAUGAGGUUUGUAUUUAGCAUCACACAUGUUUGGAAGUAUACUAACAAGAUUAGAACUGCCGAGUCUCCAGAUAUAGCUAUAAAGCCCAAAGUGGCACUUGUUCCAACGACGGUUCCUUCAUCACUUGAUCGAAUAUCUCCGCGAAAACCUCCUAUUACACAACCUUUACCCAUAGCGGUUCUCAAUGAAAUGAUGGUAAGAAGACCAUCAAUUCCACCUUCUCCUACGAGAAUGCCGAAACCAGUCACGUCAGAGCAUGUACCACUACCUCCUAAACAUAUAACACCACUCAAGAGAAAACCCAUGGAAAGUAAAGUUACCAAACCACCACCCAAAUCAUGGAAAGAUUCUCUACCAGUCCGAGGAGGCAGUUUUGAAAUUGAAAGAAAACCCGUGGCGACAACUAAAGAAGUUAUCUCGAAUAAAACUCAAAGCCCUGCAGCUAAAUCAACCCCCCGAUCAAAACCCUCCGAAAAAAGACCAUCCUUAAAAUCCUGGAAAGAUUCCCUACCCAUCCGAGGAGGAAGUUUUGAAACCGAAAGAUCAAGCGCAACAAUCCGUGACGUAUUCCCAAACAUAUCACGAGGAUUCAAUGAAAACAAACCAUCCACCACCACUUCACCGAAACCAACACCAUUAAAAGCAAAAAAGAACCACGAAAAUAAAACAUAUACACAAAUCACCACCAAAUCACCCAACACCGCCGUCGUAAUCAAGAAAAAAAGUACCGAGAUGAAAAUCCCCGGCGCUUUUAUCGAAUGCACGAAAUCAGAUUCAUCGGAACGACCAACUAGUCGCGAGAUUAAAGUUCCAGGUGCUUAUAUCGAUAGUAGUUUUACUAGUUCUCUAGCUGAGAAAGAGAAAGUCUCUAUUGAUAAAACCCAAGAAGAAGAAAGUAUUCCCCGGAAAAAACCACAGGGGGUACGACCACUGAAAUUACGACCCAAGGUUAAGAUGAGUGAAAAGACGAAAAUUGUUGGAAAUAAUGGAAAGGAGAAAUGGGAAGAAAAAGAGAAAGAGACAGCAAACUCUGCAUCUGUUGAGAAGAUGAAACAGAGGGAGAAAUUUAAAGGUGUGGUUGAUGAACGGGAAUCGUUGUAUGUGCCUGCUCCACGGGGACCACGACCUUUUAGACGGAAAUUGUUUGGGAGGUUGAAUGGUGGGGUUGUGGGCGGGGAUGGAGAUGGUGAUGGAGAUCAUGGUGACGGGGUACCGGGAAGGAUGGGUUGGGAGGGGGUGUUACCGUUGAGGAGGUUGAGUUUGGGGGAGGUAUCGAGUGGGAUGGGACAUUUGUGGGAAGAUUGCAUUUAAUGGAGUGGUUUGAUUUGAUUAGAUGAGAUUGAUUGAUUGAUUAGAUUGCAUUGCCAGGCGAGCUGAUUAGAUUCACUAGAUUAGAUUAGAUGAAGUGUGUGUAUCUGUUUAUGGAGUCAGUGCAUGCAAUGAACAAAUGGGGCGUUGGGUAUAAUUAAAAAUGGAGAAAUGAAGUAAUUUGGUGGAGAUGGAAGGGAGAAAGAAUGGAGACAGGGUAAAAGUAAAAUUCCUAAUCAAGCUUGUUGUAAGGUUACAAACGAUGGAGAACUUUUGAAUGCU